AUGGCAGUGAUUCGUGAACAGUACUGGAUCCCAACCCUGAGACAGCUAGUGAAGUCUGUGCGAUCUGCUUGUUGGGGCUGUAAACGUUUCAUAGCUUCACCCUUAACAGUACCACCCCCUGGACCACUGCCUACAGACCGUACAGAUGGUGGAACAACCUUCGAGGUUAUUGGCACGGAUUUUGCUGGUCCUAUCAAGUACAAACAACGCAAGAAGGGCGAGGAGAAAGCUUACUUGGUUAUCUUCACGUGUAGCCUGUCCAGAGCCGUGCACCUAGAAUUAUUGUCUAGUCUAGAGACAAGCAAUUUUAUUACCUGUCUUAAACGCCUCAUCGCUCGCCGCGGCAGACCGCGCGUUAUCUACUCAGACAAUGGAGGCACCUUUAUCAAGGCUGCGAAAUGGCUUCGCCAAUUGCGAGGAGAUGAGCGCCUCCAAAGUCUCCUUGAAGAUUACGACAUAACCUGGAAAUUUAACUUAAGCCGGGCUCCUUGGUGGGGAGGACAAUUCGAGCGGUUGAUUGGAGUCGUAAAGUCCGCCAUGUACAAAGUCAUUGGGGGAGGUGUACUUACCUGGACUGAGCUGAGCGAGGUACUGCUCGACGUGGAAACACAAAUCAAUCGACGUCCAUUAAGUUAUGUAGAAGAUGAUGUCGAGCUACCAACACUUACACCGUCAACAUUCCUGUUUCAGCGAACUAGUCAGCUGCCAGAAGAGAAAACAGGGAGGAUCAAAGACCUGGACCUACGCAAACGCGCUAAAUACCUCAGGAACUGCAAGAAAAAUCUCUGGAGGCGGUGGCAGAGAGAAUAUUUAACAGCUUUAAGGGAGCGGCACAACCUGACACACAAAGCGGCCAAAUUUCAGCCAAAUGUUGGAGAUGUUGUAAUUAUAAAGACCGAAAACAAGAAUCGUGGGAGUUGGCCACUGGCGAUAGUAAACAAAACCUAUCCCGGGAAGGACGGAAUCAUCCGCGCAGUUCAACUCAAGACAGCAAACGGACUGUUAGAGAGGCCUGUUCAACACCUGUACCCUCUUGAGCUAAACUGCGACCAGGCUUGUGAGACACAUGCAGACACUCCCACAGCAGAUUUGAACCCAAACGCACUAGUUUUCAGGCCCAGACGGGAUGCUGCAGUUGCUGCCAGAGCCCGAAUCCAGGACCUUGCUGAAGAUGAACAAUGA